AUGACAGCGAGUGUGCGGGUGCUGGCUUUCACUAAAUCGUACACAUCUUCAACACUUUAUUUCCAACAAAUAUGCAGCGUGGAGCUUUCCAGUAGCAUUUUUUUUCGACGCUUGUCUCCCGAGAUCCAAGACAGCAUUCUCACUUUUGCGUUUGGGAAUCGGAUUAUCCACCUUGAGCUCAGUGCAGAGGACAGCCAAUGGCGUUUACGAGGCUUCGUUUGUGCCAGGAGCCCUGCCCUGGCGACGGAACAUCAAGACGUUGGACCCGUGAAUGAUUUGUGCCUUCAACAUCUAGCACAUAUACAGAGUCUCGCGAAGCCACCUCCUGAUUUUCAGGACCCAGAAAAAGGCUACCAGAUAGGAGCACUGGGAUGGUUACUGUCCAGCAAGCAAGCAUACACGUCUGGCAUCCGUAUCCUGUAUUCCCAAAACAAAUUCUUCAUUGCCGACGGAGACUUGAGCUCAAGAUUGCCAUUUUUCCUCCCGUCAUACAGCUUACAGCGCAUCACAAGGAUGGAGAUGAGUCUGGCCCUCGAUUGGAUGAAGCCACCGGAACAUUCAGACUACCACAAGCAACUGGAACUACUGCCAACCACUCUGUCACAUUUGCAAGACCUGCACGUCUCGUUUAAAUGCCAGCUUCUGACCCCGGUCUGGCUUGCCCAACAGCCCGACCAAAGAGAAGCAAUCGAGACUGCUCUCUUGCUGCCCCUCGAUGCCAUGGUUAGCAAGCUGGGAUCCAGGUGCCGGGUAAGCGUGGCGUUUCCGCCGGCACUUUGGAUCGCGAUGAUGGGUAGAGCUAGGAGGACGAGACCAAACCCCAACGACCUGAUUGUCGAGUGGGCGCCAAAGCCGCCAGCGCGUCCCUGUGGUCAUGGCGACCGAUUCUGGCGCUCCAUCCCCGCCACAGUCGAGGCCCAAGACCAAAUAAAAGACAAAGCGGGAGAAGAAAACAGUCAUUUGUAG